AUGGAACAUCCUGCUGAAUCCGAGUACGACGGAUCUUGCGCGGUGGAUACAACGGUAACCGAAACCGAAGAAGCGAUUAACGCUAUUACGAUGGCAUCUAGAGCCGAGAAAGUGUUGAAGACGGAUAAGCACCCUCGAAAUUGGAACUUCCGAGUGUUUGAUGGUGAGGGAGCCGACUCUUGGAUUUUUCGAGCAGAGAGGUAUUUUUCGAUAAAUCGAUUAUCGGAGGUAGACAAGCUCGGAGGUUGUGGGAUGAGAAGAUCGGAAGCAGAGCUGUUGGUGUUGAACCCAAAAACGUUGAAGGAGACUAUAGAGACUACGGGCUGGAUUGAGAGGAAGAAUCAAAUCUUAAGCUCAACCCUUAACCCAAAAGCCCACAAAGAACCCCCUUCAAUCCAAUACAAACUUGAUAUCAAAUCCAUUUCAUGGACGCCCACUAGACCAUACAACCCGUUCAAUAACCCUUCAAACACCACCCUCACCAAAACCGUAGCAAGUAACCUAAAACCCAUCACAACUCACCAACAAAACCCUAACCACGGAUCCGACAACAAAACUCCUACCACCUCAUUACCACCCCGUUUUCAAAAGCCGACCCCAGCUGAAGCUCAAGCCAAGCGGGAAUAA